AAAAAGAAGUGAGUGCUAUAUAAAUAAUGUAGUUAGUUGUGCAAGAAAUAUUUUGUGAUGCAAGAAAAAUGGAGCACCCUUAGAAGUCACGAGCGGCGGAUCGGAUAGUAAUUGAAAGGUAUACAGAUUUGGCCUGGCUAGAAGAAAACGUUCGAGGGCAGGAUUAUUUCAAAUGCAUGUCCUCGAUUUCUGCAAAUCCUUUAAGUACUGAUGCAACCUGGAAAUACGUCCAGGACAAUUGGCAAAAAAUGAUCGACAGGUUCGGAUUGGGGGGAAGAAAUUUGGGCAGACUUAUUCCAUCUGUUACCGACAGAUUUACUACUGAGGAUAGGCUGAAAGAGAUGAUUGACUUCUUUGCCAAAUUUCCGGAGGCCGGAGCAGGAGCUGCUGCUCGGAAACAAGCCCUGGAAACUGUUUCCAAUAAUAUAAAAUGGUUAAAAGUUAACAAAGACAUUGUUGCAAAAUGGUUGAACGAGAGGAAAUGAUUUAAAAAAAUAUAUAUAAGUGCUCUUUAGUGUUGAA